UAGUCAGCGGAAGCACGUGUGGUGGUGAGCGGUGGCUCGGUAUGAUCUCCCCGGGUGGCCGGUGCAUUUCCCGGGGCCACGCCUGGUGUCGCACCGAUUGAGCAGCUUCUGUACCCGUAUAUGAUACUAUGUCUCAGGACUCCUAUCACCCGCCGGCCAAGAAGUUCAAGCCGGGCUCCCCUCAUUCCAUUCACAGCUGGAAAGGAGCCAUGCAUCCCGGCCCCAGAAAGCAGCCGGUGCCCAUAGAGCAGCAGCGACGUAGUCUGCCCAUCUACCAGGCCCGGGCGCAGCUGAUAGGGCAGCUCCGGCAGCUGGAGAGCGCUGUCAUCAUCGGUGAAACAGGUUCUGGCAAGACAACUCAGAUUCCACAGUACCUGUAUGAAGCCAGCAUAGGGCGCCAGGGCAUCAUUGGCGUGACCCAGCCUCGCAGAGUUGCUGCUAUAUCUCUGGCAACAAGAGUAUCAGAAGAGAGAAAGACUGAGCUCAGUAAAGUGGUGGGUUACACUGUACGUUUUGAAGAUGUUACAUCAGAAGAGACCAAAAUAAAGUUCCUCACUGAUGGUAUGCUGCUUCGUGAGGCAAUAGGAGACCCACUUCUGCGCAGGUAUAGUGUGGUCAUCCUGGAUGAGGCUCAUGAGAGGACAGUGCACACUGAUGUUCUGUUUGGAGUUGUCAAAACAGCGCAAAAAAAGAGAAAGGAGCUUGGAAAGUUACCGUUAAAGGUUAUCAUCAUGUCAGCCACAAUGGAUGUGGAUCUCUUUUCUCAAUAUUUCAAUGGAGCCCCAGUUCUUUACUUGGAAGGUCGACAGCAUCCUAUCCAGGUUUUCUAUACCAAGCAACAUCAAAGUGAUUAUCUUCAAGCUGCCCUGGUUACAGUUUUUCAAAUCCAUCAGGAGGCACCAGCAUCUCAUGACAUUCUAGUGUUCCUGACUGGUCAGGAAGAAAUUGAGGCAAUGACAAAGACAUGCAGAGACAUAGCAAAACACCUCCCAGAUGGCUGUCCCCAGAUGACUGUAAUGCCACUUUAUGCCUCUCUACCACAUUUUCAACAGCUCCGUGUAUUCCAAAAUGCCCCAAAGGAUCAUCGCAAGGUUAUUCUUUCGACCAAUAUUGCUGAGACUUCCAUCACCAUAACAGGGAUCAAAUAUGUAAUAGAUACUGGCAUGGUGAAAGCAAAGAAGUAUAACCCUGAAAGUGGUCUUGAGGUUCUGGCAGUGCAGCGGGUAUCCAAAGCCCAGGCAUGGCAAAGAACUGGAAGAGCAGGUAGAGAAGAUAGUGGCAUAUGCUACAGACUCUACACUGAGGAGGAGUUUGAGAAGCUUGAGAAAAUGACCAUACCAGAGAUACAGAGGUGUAAUCUGACCAGCGUGGUGCUGCAGCUUCUUGUCUUGAGAGUCCCUAACAUCCUCACCUUUGAUUUUGUAUCAAAACCCUCACCAGAUUCCAUACAGUCUGCCAUUGAGCAGUUGGAUCUGCUUGGUGCUGUGGAAAGAAAGGAAGAUCAGAUCAUUCUUACACCGUUAGGGAAGAAAAUGGCUGCUUUUCCUUUGGAGCCUAAGUUUUCAAAGACUAUCCUCAUUUCCCCAAAAUUUCACUGUACAGAGGAGAUCCUGACUAUUUUAGCACUGUUGUCUGUGGACAGUGUUCUUCAUAAUCCAGCUGCCAAACGAGAUGAAGUACAAGCAGCGCGCAAGAAGUUCAUUUCUAGUGAGGGCGAUCAUAUCACCUUACUCAACAUCCACCGAGCAUUCAAAAACCUUGGUAAAAAUAAGGAGUGGUGCAGAGAGAAUUUUAUUAACGGCAGAAAUAUGGUGCUGGUUUCAGAGGUCCGUGCUCAGCUCAGAGACAUUUGUAUAAAGAUGUCAAUGCCAAUAGAGUCCUCAAGAACAGAUACGCGCAAUAUCCGGCAGUGCUUAGCUCAUGGCCUGUUUAUGAAUGCAGCAGAGCUUCAACCCGAUGGAACGUACACCACUGUUGAGACGCACCAACCUGUGUCUAUACACCCCUCAUCUGUUCUUUUCCACUGCAAGCCAGCGUGUGUCAUUUACAAUGAACUUCUUCAUACUUCCAAGUGCUAUAUGAGAGACUUGUGUGUUGUGGAUGCCGACUGGCUAUUUGAGGCAGCACCAGAAUAUUUCAGGAGGAAAUUAAAAUCUGCAAAGAACUGAAAAGCAACUCUAUUGCGUUUUAUUGUGUGCUAAAUGGGAUUUUGCUACAGUGGUCUACCACUGCUUAAUUCUGUACCUAUUCCUAUUCCUAUAGGAACUGGACUGACAGAUUAUGUUAUAAAAAUGUUUUUUUAUAUUCUUAUUCUAAAGGGUUAACAUUCAAUUUUCAGGUUAAUCUUAUCUUUUUUGGCUGCUGGAUAAAUCAUCCAUACACUGGGAAAGCUAUAUAGCUGACCUCAACCUUUGGACAUUUUUGGGCUAGGACCAUAUGCUGAUACUGGCCGGCAUGCCCGUCAUUGACUAGAGAUUGCUGUGUACCAGUGCAGAAAUUGGACUGAAUGGCAUUGCACAUUGACUAGAAAGGUGCUUUGACUCCAAAAUAACAAAAAAUUCCAAUACUGCAGGAUUUUAGCGAUUUUUGGACUCGCAGUCAGGGUACCUUAUCGCUUGCGCUGUUGUUCAAUUCAGUGGCUGCACUGUUACACAAUGAUGUUUUGUCGUGCGAUGUGUCAUUCCCAAGAUCACCAUGUAUUCCCAGUUUUACUUUACACCUCAUUUUAAUCUAUGUAAUGUUGAGUGUAGGUGACCAUAGACAUUAGAUGAAUAGGGUCCAAAGCCACCAUUUCAGCAGGACAAGCCAACCAUCUAAUGUGUAUGGGGUGUUUUGGAUUCUCAAACCUGGUUUAACCUUGUGUACACUUUGUGCUGAUGCUUUAGUUUGCUCUUCUCUUGGUGACAUGUUCCUUCCGUUGCUGAGACCCAAGUGAUCAACCUUGGCCGUGAGCAUCCCUUAAUUUCUAUAUGGAUGUAUUUGUUACUAUCUGCAAUGUACAGUCAGAGGGAGAAGUGUUGCCAUCCUUUAGAAGAAAUAAAAUCCUCGAGGGAGAUGUCACUUCAUUGUCCCGGUGGGAUCUGCUAUCAGUAAACACCUCUCACAUAAAGCCAUAAUCUGCAGGAUGAAACAACUUACCUUUAUUAUAUUGUCUCUGUAAAUAUAGUUUCAUGUCUGAUUACAAUUUCUCAGAACAUGUCUCUUAUAGUUAAAGGGAUAUGCCUGGUACAGGGUCGGAAGAGGUUGGUGCAUGACUUCUGCCUUUGGUGUUUGGCUCAUGCAGAAGGCAUAACAUAGAGUAUUUUUUCCAGGAGGAUUAAUAUUAAGAACUCCAGUAAAGAAGCUGAAGCCAUAGAAUAGGCAGAAUUAAGGGACUGAUGAGUGCCUGAAACUCAUGCUUGGAUAAAAUAGAGUUCCCCUUCCAUCUCUUUUUCCUGUAGUAUUUUUGUCUUUAUCAUGCUGUUAUCCAUAGUAGAAUACUGCAUAUUAGAAGGCAUAAGUAUUAAAGCCAAUAGCCAAUGCAAACUGCAAAUAUAAAGUCAGCACUGCAUGGCAUGCUAGAGUAGAAGAUAUAAUGAGGAUGCUGUGAUAGGCAAUACGUCAUAGCAUGUAAUAUGCCUUAUAACUUCUUUUCCACAUUCUUCAGUAUCCAUCAGGUUCAAAGGCCUGCCUUCCACCAUGGCAAGUAUACAGCCACCCUUUUACGUCUGGGCAAUACAAUAGACUAUUUUUAAGAAGUGUUUGUAAAGUGAGAAUGUGUGCCUUUUAAUGAUCAAGCCGAUGAUUUUAACAAAGGUUGCUCAGGGAUGUGCACCAUGGGAUUCUCUGAGGGUCUUAAAACACAGGAGUCUCAUUUGUAGGUUUCAGUUUGUCAGCUGAUGGUUUCACACGUGUUUGUUUGUUUUUUU